GCCAUCAGCGCGCCGCAUGUCGCGACCCGUGUCCCUGGUGAAGCGACGCCAGGGCGGCCUGGGGCUCGUGUUGGGGCCCCAGGGCUCGAGCCCUAGGCCCGGCUGCAGCCCGCUGGGCUCGCCCGCCCGUGGUCGCCGCGGCUCGUCGUCCUGCGACGGUGCGGCGGGCCCCAGGGCCGUGGUGCAAAGCCUGGUGCCCGGCGGCGAAGCGGACCGCACGGGGCUCAUCCGACCCGGAGACGUGGUGCUUCGCGUCAACGGCACGUGCGUGACGGGCUUCGAGCACGGCAACUGCCUGCUCGGACAACUGCCCGACGACGCGUCCGUCACCCUGGAGCUGGCCUGCAACGGCGCGUUGGACGGUGCCGACGCGUCCUCCGGUGCGGGAUCUUCCCCGGCUUCGUCAACUGGGGAUUGCGACAACUCUGCGAAACGCCCACUCAUCGUCCGGAACGUGGAAACCGGCAAAAUGCUCGUCGACUCGCUGCACAAAAUGGCGCGAAACCCCCUGCCCUGUUCCAACACCAUCUGCCAAGGGUCCCUGAUGUGCGGCCCGGUGAGGAGGAAUGGAAAAGAGCCCCGUCCCACGGACGAUGUCCUGCAGCACGCCAAGGAGUUUCUGGACCAGUUUUACACAAGUAUCAAGCGGUUUCAUUCGAAAGCUCACGAAAAACGGUGGUCUGAGGUGGAGCGUCAGGUUCAGCAGCGGGGUACCUACGACCUCACGGAGACGGAACUCGUCUUCGGAGCCAAGCUCGCCUGGCGGAAUUCGGCACGUUGCAUCGGCAGGAUACAAUGGUCCAAACUGCAGGUGUUCGACGCACGCCACUGCUACACGGCGAGGGACAUGUACGAAGCAAUCUGCGCACACCUCAAGUACAGCACAAACAAGGGCAACAUUAGGUCGGCAAUCACAAUAUUCCCUCCACGGACGGACGGCCACCACGACUACAGGGUGUGGAACGCGCAGCUCAUCCAGUUCGCCGGCCACAAGCAGCCCGACGGCUCGGUCGUCGGGGACCCCGCAUCGGUCGAGCUCACAGAGAUAUGCAAAAAGCUUGGAUGGAAACCAAAAGGCACGAGAUUUGAGGCUCUUCCUCUGGUACUCUCGGCUAAUGGCGAAGAUCCGGAAUGGUUCGAAAUCCCGGAAGACCUCAUCAUGCGAGUAAAAAUCACGCAUCCCAAGUACGAAAGCGUCGGCGAGAUGGGGCUGGAGUGGUACGCCGUGCCUGCCGUCUCCGGCAUGAUGCUGGACCUCGGUGGGGUUGAGUUCACAGCGUGCCCGUUCAACGGCUGGUACAUGGUCACGGAGAUCGCCGUGAGAGACUUCUGCGACGUCCAGAGGUUCAACCUGGCUGAGGAAGUAGCCAGUCGCAUCGGCUUGGACACGAAGACCAACUCAAAUUUGUGGCGAGACCGAGCUGUAAUCGAGCUCACAUUGGCCGUCCUCUACAGCUUCCAGAAAGCAAACGUGACGAUCGUGGACCACCACACUGCCUCGGAGCAGUUCAUGAAGCACAUGGAGAACGAGAACAGGCUCCGGGGAGGCUGUCCGGGCGACUGGGUGUGGAUAGUGCCGCCGCUCAGUGGCAGUCUCACGCCCGUCUUCCAUCAAGAGAUGCUCUACUAUCACCUCAAGCCCAACUACGAGUACCAGAUGCCGGCUUGGAAAACGCACGUGUGGCAGAAAAAGGUGGACGACCAGCGACGGUAUUCCCGCAAGUUCCGCUUCAAGGAUAUUGCCAGCGCCGUGAAGUUCACCUCUGCCAUGUACGGCAAAGCACUGGCCAAGCGCGUCAAAGCCAAGAUUUUGUACGCCACCGAGACCGGCAAGUCGGAAACCUAUGCAAAGGUCCUCUGCGACAUAUUUCUGCACGCCUUCAAUGCAACGGUGGAGUGCAUGGAAGACUACGAUUUCGUCAACCUCGAGUUCGAGCCUUUGCUUCUGGUCAUUUCCAGUACCUUCGGCAACGGUGAACCACCAGAAAAUGGCGAGGUCUUUGCUCGAAACCUGCAAGUCAUGAAAAGCUGCAGUCCCUUUGGUCCCGAGGGCACGACACCGAGGACGACAUCCAUGUCCUUCGUGCGCAAGAACAGCGUCAACGCCUCAGAGAACGACACCGGGUCUCCACCCCCGGCCCACGAAACCUCGGACCUGGGACCCCUAAGCAACGUCAGAUUCGCGGUGUUCGGGCUCGGCUCGAGCGCGUACCCCAACUUCUGCGCGUACGGCAAGUACGUGGACAAGAUCUUGGCCGACUUGGGCGGCGAGCGCAUCUGCAAGCUCACCACGGGAGACGAGCUGCGAGGCCAGGAGCAGUCCUUCCGGCAAUGGGCCAAGAGCGUCUUCGAGCAAGCAUGCGACGUGUUCUGCGUGGGCGACGGCAUCGGCCCAAUCGAGAUGACGCCCUCGAUGGAAGAAAACAUCGCCUGGUCUCCGGACAAAGUGCGGCUGGACAGAAAGGCCACCGACAAGAACCCCGUCUUAGGUUUCGGCCUUUCCAAAGGUUCCAGCAGGAGAGUGGUGAUCAGUCGUCUUGUCUCCAGGAAGGUACUACAGUGGGAUCCGGAGGACGACAAGAAGACAAUCAUGGUGGUGCUGGAGUCCAGCAACGAGAGCGAGCUCAAGUACGCACCGGGGGAUCACAUUGGCAUCUAUGCCGUGAACCGAGACGACAUCGUCAACGGCAUUGUGGAGAGGAUCGCGCCAGGCUCCGCGGACCCAGACACAGUUUACAGGGUCCAGUAUAGGGAGAUCGUCCAGAACCCCAUCACGGGCGAACAGAAGGAGACCUGGCAGGACAACACGCGGAUGCCGCCCUGCUCGUUGAGGGUGGCGCUCAGUCGGUACAUGGACAUCACGACGCCGGCAUCCCAAGAGCUGCUCAAGUACCUCGCCGCCAUGGCCUCCGAUCCUCGGCAGCAAGAGACGCUCCAGACACUGGCCACCAACCUGGAAAAGUACGAGGACUGGAAGGCGCACAAAUUCCCUCACCUGUUGGACCUUCUGGAGGAGUUCCCGUCAGUGCGCCCAACGGCGGAGCUGCUGCUGUGCAUGCUACCGCUCAUCCAGCCGCGCUUCUACUCCAUCAGCUCGGCGCCGGAGGCCUACCCCGGACAGAUCCACCUCACCGUGGCGGUGGUCACCUACACGACGGAAAACGGAAGCGGAAAAAAGCACUACGGAGUCUGUUCUUCGUUUUUAGACACCCUCAACCCAGGAGAAGAAAUGGCUUGUUUCGUGAGAAUAGCUCCGAACUUCCACCUCCCAGAGCGGAAGAAUGUCCCCGUGGUACUCGUGGGACCUGGGACAGGAAUCGCCCCGUACCGAAGCUUCUGGCAGCGGCGCUAUUGUUCCAUGCAGGGGGUCUACCAGGAAGGUCAACCUUUCUAUGAAGGUCCAAUGACCCUUUACUUCGGUUGCCGAACUUCGGACUCCCAGCUGUACGCUGAGGAAGUUCAGACAAUGAAGGACGUCGGUGCACUGGAGAACGUAUUUCUCGCCUUUUCUAGAGUUCCCGGGAAGCAAAAGCACUACGUGCAAGACCGGCUGCACGAGAAGGCUCCGGAGCUGUACCGGCAGCUGGUCAAGGAGUGCGGCCACCUUUAUGUCUGUGGCGACGUCAUCAUGGCCGACGGUGUCAACAAGGCCGUCAGGGAAAUCCUGCGAGACCAAGGAAAAAUUACCGAAGAGAAGGCCGAAGCCCUCAUGGACAAACUGCGGGAAGAGAACCGGAUCCAUGAGGACAUCUUCGGGGUCACCCUGCGCACGGAGGAAGCAACGAGGAAAAGUCGGGAGGAUGCCAAGCGGCGCAGCACCAGCAAGUGACACCGCCUGGCCAAGCUCCCCGACUCCUUUUGCUCGCUCACUUUCUCCAGGCUGUUGGGACUCCUGCAGCCGCCGUCCGCAGCCGCACACGCCGACUGACUCCGGCGGUAGACGGCUCGUGCUCUCGGGAGUGUCCCAUCGGCUGUCGGGGAGUAGCCAGCGCACCUCACCUUGUCGACAAGGUCCCGCCAGUCCGUCACCGUCUUUCCAAGCCGGACGUGCACCUGUCGGAGGGCCCUCGUACGCCGAAUGUGGCCGGCACCCUUUCAACGCAGUCUGGAUUCCCAAAACUUCAGUUUGCAAAGUGUAAACAUUAGAAGCUUGUUUCGCUUUUGUGUACCACCGUCUGACUAUCCAGACAGUCGGUGGCAAUGGAAGUUAAUUUUGAUACACGGGUAUCAUAUUAUAAUGUUAAUUGCAUCUGAAUUUGGUAAAUUUAGUAGCCGAGGAAGCACUUGGCGUUGGAUGGUUAUUAAUACUUGCUUGCUAAAGCUGGCCGGUAAUCCGGGAACGAGGCAGGUAUAAACCAUUCACCAAUAGCUGGCUGUCAUUCGUGGAUAACCGAAAUCCCCCAUUCUACACCGAGUGUCGAAACCCUGCAUCAUAAGAACUUUUUUUUUCAGAUUUGUUUGUUCAGGGUGUUGUUAUCGCAUUGUUGCUAUUCAUUAGAUAGAAAGGAAAGUAUAUUCUCACGACAUAUUCGUUUGAAAGCGCAGCUAAAGAACGGAUGCACGUUCUGCUUGGAAAGAAGAUGGCGGAGCAAUGAGGCCAAAUUACUUUGCCACUAACCGGCAAAGAAUAGCGCCCAGUGGCUAACUAUCCAAUCAAACAAAUAUAUCACAGCAUCCAAAUAAAUUAUACGGCUUGGGUCACAGGAGAACAUGGGAUCCAUCAAAAAGGGUUGGAGACAAAGCCAGACUUUAUGGUGUCAUACCAUUCCUGACGUGCCGGAGUCUUCGUUCAUUUCUAAUCGAACACGUAUUCACCGAGGGUUCAGGAAUGAAGUACUUAUAUCCCAGAAUGAGUUCAGUCUAUUUAAAGUGUUGAUAAGUAUUGUCCGGCGACGCUAUUCAAUGAUUCUUAAUGCGUUAGAAAGUGUUUAGAUGUUUUCAGGCAGCAAUAGUCCAGUUGCUGUAGACAAGGCGCCACUGGAGAUGCACAUACUGUACAUGUAUAUCUCGCAGGUCUCUAAUGCCCCGCGAGUCAGGGGCCUGAAAUUAUUUCUGAAUUUACACUUCUGUUAGCGCGCACGCACUUCGAGCACUUGAAACGUGACACGCGACUUUUUAGUAAGAUUAUCUGCUUUGUCUUCCUUUUUUUUUCUUCUUCUGAAUGCUAUAUCUAACAGGGUUUGAGCGAUGCUGUUAAAGGGGUAGAGUACACUCCACUCCAAAGCGAGAUUGUCAUGCAGCACUGGUGAAAGCGAGUGAAUGAAUGUUUUUUUUUGUCUGUACUACGGCGAGUCGACUGAAAUCGCGGAUAUAAAGACCGAAUGACACGAUGCCACGAUGGACCAUGUGUUACUGCUGACGGCAAGCAGGGCAGGUAGCAAAUGACUGCUGCUCUUUGUUCCAGACGCAUGCAUAAGCGAAUAUACUAUUAUGGCGUCCUCCCAAUCAUUAGAUCAGUCGUCUAAUGCGCCAAAGUUAUCGACAUAUACUAGCCGACCCAUUUUUUCACCCGGAUAUUCCCUGCCCUCGUCGUGAAUUCUGUCUAGCCAAACGCUUGAAAGAUUCCAGUGUGGUUUUAAUUACGCAACGUGUUACCAUAGAAGAGGCUCAUUUGUGCAGUGCGUAGCUAUCGGCCUCAAGUGUGUGUGUGUGCGUGCUAGGAGACGACUUUCUAUUUUCUGCUACUCAAGCCUCGAACUUCGAUGUCCUGACAUCACUCCCAUUGACCACAAACCCCGACAGUUUGGCAGAACGGAGACCCUAGCUCGAAACGCUUGCAUAUACUGUGAACUUGCGUUCGAGCGUUCGGUGGAUAUGUGCGCAUGUAACCGGUGCCAUUUUUAGUUGAGUGUUCACAAGGUUCUGUCUUUUCUUCUUUUAUUUAAAAUUUUAUGGAUGCAACAUUUUACCAUCUUUUCACAAGGUGGACGAUCAUUGAAAGCGAGUUUGACGAACGCGCGGUCCGCUAUCCACACGCAAUGACUGACAACCAUUUGCAAAUACUUUUUUUGUUUUAUUUGUAUCACAAAAGUUCGAGUGGCUUAUGAAUCGCGAUAUGUACCAUGUACUUGCUACAUCGAUUGCACUAACGUUGUUGUACUGUCUGACUGCCUGAACGACGAGCGACUGCUGGGGCUGACUGAUCCCUGGCGCCAGCAUCUUUGGUGCGGCAUUUCACAGAGCAUUUAUUUGUACAAAGGGAAUGCGUGUUGUUCGAUGUGCUGGAAAUGUAGCUAGUUUGUUAAUUGUUAAAUUUUUUUUGUUUUUUUUUUUGCUUGAGUUUUAUUGCUAUUGAGAGUUGUAUAGUGGGGGCUCUCUUCCCGCCAUUAGAUAUUUGCUAAUAUAAGGCGUCCGGGUUUCAGACGUUCUGGCCCUAAAUGACGCCCCUCUACUUUUGAAUGUUUGUCAAUUUUGUUGUAGCAAUAUUGAAUACGGUGUUACUUUUGUUACUGUUGAUCGACUGCUUGAAUCAAUGGGCAUUCCUUUCAAGUUGCGUGUGAAUGGCAUCACAUUUUAGCCCGAUCUCAAAUCAUUUAAAAACAGAACCAAUUAUAUGACCUAUAGUAUAUAAGUAUAAUGCGUUCCUCAAGCUGGUGGUUUGCGAUUCCCUGGCUCAAUUCUUUGAAAUGUAAUAGGAAUCACAACCGUGUGAAUUUUGUCAGAAAUUCUUGAUUGCGACGAGUAAGUGUGGCGCUUUCUGACUUAGCUAUGGUAUUUUGCAAUCUGCGUCCGCCACCACCUCUUUAAAAACAAUCCUGAGAUAUCAGUCUUACUCCGAGUCGAGUCCGAGGUCAUCAUUCCUUCACAUUUUGCUGCGCCAUUUCUCGAAAUGUUUGGGCCCACUGUAUACGAGGCCUUUUUCUAUUUACGUUAAUUUGUGUGUCGCUUGACGCAAAAAAAAAAAAAAAAGUCUUUUUCACGUCGCGUUGAUCCUACUGUUGAACAAUGUAUAUCUUGAACUAUAUGCUUCUAACGUUGUUCCCGUUGACACUAAUGUCUACUUCGGAUGGUUCUUCCUCUUAAACAAUAUAACGCUGACGACAUGGGCGAUGUAAAAAGUCGUUUAUGAAUGAGAUUUGAGGAUGUGGCAGUGAUUUUUUUUUGUCGUUUUUGUGCACACGUCUUGGUAUUUUGUGCGGUGAAGGGAAUGGAGUCUAUCAUUUAAUUAUCAGAUGUGGGAAUUCUUGACGCAAUUUGGGGCGGGAAGCGCCCCACGACUGUUGCGCAAUAGUUUACGUCUCUGGUAAAACAGUUCAAUACGUAUAGGCAAUUUAUGGUUGCUAGGAAUCCCUUUCUCCAGAAGCACUUCGUAGAAAAGGAAGGUACAAGGCGGCUUUUCAUCAGGAGAGCCCCAUCUAGUCGAAAUUAAUAGCUGCUUUAAAAUUCAUGACGCCGCCCCCCCCCCCCCCCCCCCCCCCCCCUUUCAAAGAAAAAAAAGUUUUUUUUAGUUUGCAGCAUUAUCUGUACAAGAUCCCUGAACAACCACGGGCGCUCCGCCAAUAAUUUCGUGCACGAUUAGAUUUGGAGAAGCCUGAACACAUAGGUAUCGUAAAAUAGGACCUCACACACGAGAGAGUCUGACGCUUGACACAUUCAUCGUAUAGACACUGUUUCUACCUCGCAGCGACAAACGUGCAGGCGACCAAACAAUAUUCCUACCAAGAGGUUCUCUACCAUUUGUGUCCAAGUGAAAUUUUAAAAAAAGAGAAGAGAUGGUUAUACUUGUAAGGAACGCAGAUCUAAUCCGAAGGAUCGGUUGAACGAAGCUGAGAUCUGAAAUCCUACCAGAAGAGGUCUCCGAUUAUUUUUUUUAUAUAGCUUUCAAACACUGUUCUUUGCGUUACAGAAACAAAAAGUAACGAAAUACUUUAUUCAUUACUUACAAAUAAAAGGAACGCGUUGCCGACCUACAUUACCUCGGAAUAAAAAGAACACGAUACCAUUACCGUUAAGAAGUAACGCAUUACUUUUGCGUCACUUUUUAUGCAUGGAUUCACACGUUUCAUUGUUUUGGCUUUACAAGUAUGCAUAACCGCCACAUUUGAAGAAACAUUAUAUCCAUCCAUAAACUGAACUUUAUAUUUUUUAUUGGCGCACUAAAACCUCCGCUGCUGCUGCGCAAAAAAAAAAAUACACACACACACAAUUUUUUCUUCUUCUUAUCUUGUUUACUGUUCCACCUAAAUACUCAGGAAAAAAAACACAAAGAAAAACUUAAAAACCCCUAAAUUUUAUAUGGCUUGGCGCCUAGAA